CGAGGAGUGACCAUGUGAGUUCAGAACGCACCAUGUUAUCCAGAUCCUUGUUCUUCGUCUGCCUUCUUCCGGUCUUACUCGACGCAGCCGGCCUACCGACUGUGAUUAAGAAGUGCAAGAAUGACAAUACACUCAACGAUUGCAUCCAAAAACAAUCAAAAGCUGUGACAAAAGCUCUCGCUAAAGGCGAUCCCAAAUAUGGAGUUCCUGUCGUCGAUCCACUGUUCAUUCCUAAAAUUGAACGGACGGAAGGUGGCGCUAAAAGUGUCUCCAUGAACUUAACAAUGGAGGAUAUAAAUAUCUAUGGAUUUGGAGAUUCUGAAAUCAUUAAAACAGAAUUUGAUACAUCGAAGAAGUUCCUCAGGCUGGUAUUUAAAGUUCCUAAAUUGAAAAUACUUUCACAUUAUAAUCUGAACGGAAAAUUCCUUGUUGUUUCUAUGAAUGGAAAAGGAAAUCUAACAGUUCUUAUGGACAAUGUGAAUGUCAUUAGCACAGUCUCAUAUAAACUGGAAAAGAGGAAAGGGGCCGAAUAUGCAGUUUUCAACCCUACUCCAGAUCUCACCUACACAACAACUCAUGCAUUUUUCAAUCUUGAAAAUCUUUUCAAUGGAGACAAAGCUUUAGGUGAUGCUACAAAUAAGAUGAUAAAUGAAAACUGGGAGGAGUUCAACAAGGAACUGGGUCCAGGCGUCGCCCUCGCUAUUGGUAAAGUCUACGGAUUCAUUAUAUCAAAACUGGCAAACUCCAUGCCCUUCAAAGAUUUAUUCCUGUGAAAGUCUUCGUGUUUUCAAAGAAAACUUCAUCCAUUCAAAAGUUCUUUGUUUUUUGUCAAUUCAAACUGGAAAUAUUCAUUUAUGAAGUCACAGUAUCAAUUUUCAGUAUGCAUCUAUUGUUAAAAAAUAAAGUAAUGUUUUAUAUU